AUGCGCGAUGACAUUUUCAAACGACUUACGUUUGGCAUCAAGAAAACACCAAGACAAAUAGCUGCAAACCAUGAAGAGAGUGAGGAUGAUGCUUCUCUACGACUGCGAGUUCUUCCGGAAAAUAUAAAAGAAGAUCUCAGAAGUCUACGGAAGCGACAAAAUGGGGAACAGAUACAGGUGGAAGUCUCAGAAGACAAUGAAGCGGUUGAAGAAGGUUUCAAACUCUUUUCCGAUGGCCGUAUGCCAAAAAACGCGAAGACAUCAUCAAAAACAGUUCCUGUCAGUUCCCACGAAGUUCCUACUCAUAGUGAUGAUAUUCAAAAACAAAUCGCUGAGAAGGCAGUACCUCUUAUGAUGAAGCAUCGAGACGUUUUGGCUAGCGCGCCAACAGGAUCCGGGAAGACCCUCGCGUUCGCUAUCCCUGUAAUUAUGGACGUGCUGAAGUUGAGGAAAUUGAACAAGUAUAAGGAUGGAUCAAAGCUAUUGGCAAUAGUCUUAGAACCCACCAGAGAACUAGCGUCUCAGACAUAUCGUCAAUUCCUCAAGUUUGGCCAGGGUCUCCCAGUUAAAGCCGCCUUAUUCGAAAGUGAAGAAAUUCCACAAAAUGUUGAUAUACUUGUUUCUACGCCGAAUCGUCUUGCUCACCAUUUGCAAGAUAUGCAGCUCAAAUUCCUAAGGUGGCUUGUUGUUGAUGAGAGCGAUCGCUUGUUUGAAGUUGUUGAAGGGCAGGAGCGAUGUUUUCGGAAUCAACUCGCCAGCGUCUACAAGGCCUGCGAUGGGAAAUUCACUCGGAGAGCCUUUUUUAGUGCCACGUUUUCCUACGAAGUGGAGGAGUGGUGCAAAGAGAAUUUGAACAACGUUGCAAUGGUGUGUAUCGGUGAAAGAAACUCAGCAAAUGCCAACGUGACGCAGGAACUUGGUGUUUGCUGGUUCAGAACAUGGAAAGCUUCUCGCUAUUCGAACCCUCCUCCAAACCCAAUUUGA